CAUAAGUGCCAUGCACAAGCUUGUCCACUAGGAGGUGGUGUUGUCUACGAACUGGAGGGUGUGUGCGUUCCCGCAGCAACAGGGAAGAUGGCAGCUCUCACAUCUCUCACCCAGCUGUCAAGUGGGAACCCUGUGUACGAGAACUUUUAUAGACAGGUGGACCCAGGAAACACGGGGAGAGUAGGGCCCACGGAAGCUGCGUUGUUCCUAAAGAAAUCUGGCCUUCCUGAUGUCACCUUGGGAAAGAUCUGGGAUUUGGCAGACCCAGAUGGGAAAGGGUUCUUGGACAAACAGGGGUUCUAUGUAGCUCUGCGGUUGGUGGCCUGUGCACAGAGCGGACAAGACGUCAGCCUCACUAGUCUGAACCUCACUAUCCCUCCCCCCAAAUUUAAGGACACUAGCAGCCCAUCGCUCAGCACAUCAUCGGUCUCUAGUGAACCCCACUGGGCUGUGAGGCCCGAAGAAAAGGGUAAAUUCGAUGGGAUAUUUGAAAGUCUUGCACCAGUCAGUGGACUGCUCUCUGGUGACAAAGUAAAACCAGUUCUAAUCAACUCAAAACUACCUCUGGACGUGUUAGGAAAGGUUUGGGAUCUUAGUGACAUUGAUAAAGAUGGACAUCUGGAUGGAGAUGAGUUUGCUGUGGCCAUGCACCUGGUCUAUCGGGCCCUGGAGAAGGAGCCGGUCCCCUCUGUUCUCCCCUCCUCUCUCAUCCCUCCUAACAAGAGGAAGAAGUCUCUGGUUGGCUCCCUCCCUGGCACCGUGCCUGUGCUGCCCGCCAGCCCCCCGCCCCCCAAGGACAGCCUGCGCUCCACCCCUUCCCACGGCAGCAUGAACUCCCUCAACAGUGCCGGCAGCCUCUCCCCCAAACACACCUCUUCUCCAUGCCAGCACUCAGUGAACUGGGUGGUCCCGGUGACAGACAGAGGACGCUUUUGUGAAAUCUUCCUGAAGACAGACUUGGAUCUGGAUGGCUUUGUCAGCGGAAUGGAAGUCAAGGACAUCUUCAUGCACUCAGGGCUGCCCCAGAUACUGGCACAUAUAUGGGCCCUGGCAGACACCAGGCAGAUGGGGAAGCUGACGCGGGAGCAGUUUUCUCUGGCCAUGCACUUCAUCCAGCAGAAAGUCAGCAAAGGCAUGGACCCUCCUCAGGCUGACCCUGACAUGAUCCCCCCUUCAGAGAGGGGCACUCCCGUUCCAGACAGCUCCAGUUCUGUUGGGUCAGGGUCAGAGUUCACUGGAAUCAAGGAGCUUGAUGACAUCAGUCAAGAGAUUGCUCAGCUGCAGAGGGAGAAAUUCACCCUGGAGCAGGACAUCAGAGAUGCUGAGGAGGCCAUCAGACACAAGUCCUCAGAAGUGCAGGAGAUGCAGAACGACCUGGACAGAGAGACGUGCAGUCUGCAGGAGCUGGAGGCCCAGAAGCAGGAUGCCCAGGAGCGGCUGGAGGAGAUGGACCAGCAGAAGGCCAAGCUGGAGGACAUGCUCAACGACGUCAGGAUCCAGUGCAACGAGGAGUCCCAAAUGAUCUCAUCUCUGCAGAACCAGAUCCACUCCCAGGAGACAGACCUGCAGAGCCAGGAGGAGGAACUGAGCCGGGCUAAAGCAGACCUGAACCGGCUGCAGUUGGAGGAGAGCCAGAUGGAACAGAGCCUGACUGCCGGCAAGUUCCAGCUGGAGACCAUCAUCAGGUCCCUCAAAGCUACCCAGGACGAGAUCAACCAGGCUCGCAGUAAGCUGUCUCAGAUCCAGGACAGCCAGCAGGAGAUGAAUAAGAGCAUUGAGCAGUACAACAGCACCUUGAAUGGGACCCACAGAGGCAGCAUGACCAACCUGGCUGACAUGAGCGAGGGAUUCCCCGACCGUGAGAACGGAGACUUCGGCGCCAUGGAGGACCCGUUCAAGGUGAAUACAUCUGGGUUCAAUAGCGUCCCUCAGGAGAUGCACACAGACCCCUUUCACUCCGAAGACCCCUUCAAGACAGACCCGUUCAAAGGUGACCCCUUCCAAAAUGACCCUUUUGCAAAGCAGUCAUCACUACCAGCCGCUGCAGAUCUCUCUCUCCACCCAGACCCCUUUGGGGGGGACCCCUUCAAAGAGACGGACCCCUUCAAGGCCUCGUCAGAAGACUUCUUCAAGAAGACCACCAUCAAGGCAGACCCCUUUAGCACCACUGACCCUUUCAGUAAAAGUGCCACCCUCCCCACCAAGACAAGUCAUUUUACAAGCAGCGCAGACCCUUUCUUAUCCAUUAGCCCAAAACCCACCAGAGGGCCAGGACCAGAUCUCUUUGGUACUCUGGACCCCUUUGGAAGCAGCACUGCUUUUGGAGGCAGUAACAGCUCAUUUGGCAGUAUCAGUAACAGUGGGUUUGCAGACUUCAGCCAAAUGUCAAAGAUCAGAGACCCAAUGGAAGGAAGAGGAGGUUUCCCAGAAUACCAGCAGUCGGGGUUUGUGGAGGACCCCUUCAGUAGGAAUCAGGACGGCCCAGCUCUGCCGCCCAAGAUGAGUGUUCCCCCCAGACCCAAACCUCCCAGUGGUAAAAGCAGCCCUGUCAACUUGCCUGGAGGAGCGGGCGACUUGGCCAAGCCCUGCGACCCCUUCCAGCCAUUCGGCAGUGACGCCAUCGACCCAUUUCAGAGUAAAAAGGUGGUCGGAGACCCCUUUAGUGGCAAAGACCCUUUUGCUCCUUCUGCCUCAAGUAAAGCCUCUAAAGACUCUUCCUUGGGUUUUGCAGACUUCAGUUCUUUUGGAAAUGAGGCUCAGCAACUGGAGUGGGCGAAGCGAGAGAGUGAGCGAGCGGAGCGGGAGCGGCUGAAGAGACUCCGGCAGCAGGAGCAAGAGGACUUAGAGCUGGCCAUCGCUCUCAGCAAGGCCGAGAUGUCCCACGGGUGACCUGGACUGGACACACACAGACACACAUACGUAGAGAUAUGCACACAUAGACAAACGCACACAUAGACAUACUCUUACUAGCGUUACUAGUUCAUAAACAUACGCAGACACUCACACACACACGCAUAACACAUUCGUAUACAACUCACAAACCGUACCCCACACACUGUGAAGGACCCAUAGCUGGCCAUUUCCCUCAGGGCCGAUGUGCCCAAGACAUGACCGCUUCCUCAACCACACAAACACAGACAUACGCAUGCAGACACACACCACCGCUACAACACACAUACACACUCCACCUGAUACGCACACUCAGAUACACACACCUCGCCACACAUUCCCCAGACCGACAAACUCUCAAAGCAAAACAAUAGCAAAACAGAACUUUUGGGGUCGUCCUGGACCCUAUGUGGAAACGGAACUGGAUUUUACUUUACGGUGGGAGGUUGGCGUGGGGGUGGGAGCCAGCAAUCACAAUCUCUCUUACUGUUUUUAAUUGAUAAGUGGGGAGGGGAACGGAUGAUGACCCAUGGUUUGUGAAGGAAGUGAUGCACUGUUUGAAUGCACUAUAGAGGCUGGCUUAACAUGUAAAGAUGAGCAGAAUAUGUGUCUGUCUGGUGAGGGAGCAUGGAUCCCCUCACUUGACCGACUAGCGCUCUGACAGAUGUGAAGAAGGGAAUAGCUAAAGGUUAUGGCGGGAUGCUUUUAUUUUAGUAUUGGUUUAUUAUGUGAAUGUGGUGAGCCAUGGGAGCAGUGCUGGGUGCUUCCCUGACUGGUUACUGCAAGUGUUGUGUGAGAGAGAGGUCUGCUUGGACCAGAACAAAUUGUACAGAUAUAUUUUCUUUCUCGCCGAGUGUGAGAUAGUAGAUGCAUUGUUUUUUACAAUAUUUCAGUGCUUCAGCGAACAUAGGGAGAAGGAAUGGAUACUUAGUUGUGCCUCUUCUGACAGUUUAAGUAAGUUCAAAAGGCUGUGAUUUACAUCAAAUAACCACAAAAACGACUAGAUGAGGGAAAUUCUUUAAAGUUUUACUAUGUUUUAUUAUAGAGGGUUUAAUUGCAGAUUUGUACGAUUUUUAUUUAAUUUAAUUACGUAAUAAGUGUUAUUUUAUUAUUUUAUGUAGUAUUUGUUAAAGGACUGAAACAAUAUUGUUAAUUACAAUUCUAGUUGUAAGAGCUGCAAAUAUGGAUUAACCUGCAAGCACACCCUGCAGAGAGGUCAAAGAAAGUAAGAAAUGGCCUGUGGUUUUCUUCGGCUAACCAUCAAUGAUAUGCAAAUUCAUUAGGUCACGUGAGUUUCACAGCUAUAACGUGAAUAUUCAACGGUUUGCGGUACAGUGUCAUAGUUUGUUACAACUUUUAUUUUAUUUUAGCCGCAUUGUCUUUUACUUGAUUUUCUUGCUGAUGGUACUGCCUAGCACAUUAAACCUGUGGUUCUUACUUCACUUUCAAACUUAAAGGGCAAUUCCACCGCUUUUCAAUCUCAUUUUCAUUAUCAACAGCGCAAUACCAGUGUCUACAUAUGUAAAAACGGCACUACAGCUGAAAUAAGUUAUGAU